AUGAGUGGCGACAAGACAUACAACAUCGCUGUAUUACCUGGUGAUGGCAUUGGCCCUGAGGUUUGUGACCAAGCAGUGCAGGUACUUAAGACAGUGGGUGAACUCUUUCAGCAUCAUUUUGAGUUUGAAACGGCUUUAUGCGGUGGUGCGGCCUACGAAAAGUAUUCGACACAUUUGCCACAGUCGACCGUAGAUACCGUGGCGGCCUCAGAUGCUGUGCUGUUUGGCUCAGUAGGAGGUCCUACUGACGCUCAAGAAGAUCUUAAGUGGAAGGAUGCUGAGAAGAAUUGCCUGCUUGGCUUGCGCAAGAACUUUCAGCUGGCUGUGAAUAUCCGUCCAGCUAAGAUCUACUCUAUGCUGCCGGACUUGUCGCCAUUGAAGCCCAGUAUCAUUGCCAAUGGUGUUGACAUGGUUAUUGUCCGUGAACUUGUUUCUGGUAUUUAUUUUGGUGAACAUAAUACAAGUGGUGACACGGCUACGGACGUGAUGAAGUACACGGAGGCAGAGAUUGUGAAGCCUAUGAAGUUUGCAUUUGAGACGGCUAUGAGUCGCAUGAAAAGACUGACGGUAGUAGACAAAGCCAACGUGCUUGACUGCAGUCGUCUGUGGCGUAAGGUAGCAAAGGAUGUAUCCAAGGACUAUCCUGAGGUCAAGCUUGACUUUAUGUACAUUGAUAACGCUGUGAUGCAGUUAAUCCGCAACCCGUCGCAGUUUGAUGUGAUCGUGACGGGUAAUAUGUUUGGUGAUAUUCUGUCGGAUGCAGCAUCGGUGCUGCCAGGUUCACUUGGUCUCAUGCCGUCGGCCAGUCUUGGUACCAAAGUUCACCUGUUUGAGCCUAUUGGUGGUUCAGCGCCUGAUAUUGCGGGCAAGAAUUUUGCCAACCCCAUCGCACAAAUUUUAUCAGCCGCACUGCUGCUGCGUUACUCGUUCCAGAUGGAGGCUGAGGCCCAGCUGAUUGAAAAGGCCGUAGAGCAGGUGCUUUUGGACGGUGUGCGAACGGGUGAUUUGGCGAAGGACCAGACCACUGUGGUUGGCACGAAGGCGAUGGGUGCCGCCAUUAUUACCAAGAUAAAAGCGCUUCACCGAUAA